GUUGCGCUUGCUCCGAAACUUUAAUUUUUAGGUUAAAAAUUGUUGUGAUAAAAAUUGAUUGUUAAUGUUCUUUUUAAUAUGUUGAUUUAACAGCCGCAAACAUGUUUAAAGCUUGUCCAAAUCCCGUCGAUGUUGAAGACCUCCAAUUCAAAUUGCGUUGUCGUUUAAAAGUAUUCGACAAUGAAUCACUUGACCCAUACAAACAGCCCCAUAAUUUAAUCAGCUGCGCCAGCCGAUAUGGUUUGUUAUUUGUUGGAACGAACACUCCAACCUUACAAAUUAUUCAACUUCAGUGCACAGAAAAUUAUACCCCCAAGGACAAAGAUAUUGCAGAUUAUCCUAGACGAACAAUAAAUUUACCAUCAAUACCAAAGCAUGUGUCUGUAAAUUGUGACAGUACAAUUCUAGCUGUUGUUAUUGAAAGUAAUAAUGUGCCUGUUGUGUUGUUUUAUGAUGUUCUAUCAUUUCUUAAGCAAAAUAUACAACCACUUACUCAGUUCAAUUUAUCUAACAAUGCUGUUAAAGUAACUGACUUAAACUGGAACCCUUCAUUGCCUCAAGUCUUCACUGCCUGCAAGAGUGAUGGUUCAUUAAGUGUUCUCGAGCUAUCAGGAAAUAGUGUAAAACCAAAUGAACUGCCAGCAGCAGCAGGAGCCUGCUGUUUUUGUUGGAGUCCCAAAGGCAAACAAAUAGCAGUUGGUUCAAAAGACGGGAAAAUCACGCAAUACAAACCAGAUUUGAAAGCUGUUAAAGUUAUAAAUGCUCCACCAUUACAGGGUGUUAAUUCAUUGAUAUCUUUGCAAUGGGUUUCAAAUUAUCAGUUUAUUGGGAUAUUUAGCAAUCUUGCUGAGGAGCCACAAAUUAAUGUUAUUGUUGUGGAUGCUCCAAAAACUGGGGAGCCAAGUUACACAAAUUAUGAGGACAUAUGUUACAGCAAUGGGAAUAGGAGAAGCACACAAUUUUACUUGAAUUUUCAAGCACCAUGGAAUCUUCUUAUGGCAGCUUCUGCAAAUAGUACUGAAUUGGGAGUUCUCUCUAGCACAGGAGAAACAUGGACCCAAUUGUAUUUGAGUGAUACUGCGAGGGCGGAGCUCCCGCUCAGCGCCGAUAGUCAGGAAACUCUUCCUCUAGGUUUAGCCCUAGAUGUUAGUUCCACCAAACCUUUACCUUGGUGUGAAGGGACAAUUCCUCCUGCUCCUGUUCUUUUAAUUUUGUCCCAUAAUGGAGUCCUUUGUUUGUUUAAUGUGGUUAAUUUAAAAGCCGGUAUACCUAGUAUUUGUACGCCCCCAGAUGCUGUACAAGACGUUUCGGGACUGUCGCAGUUCGUUAAACCGGCAGCUCAACCCCAAGUGUUAAAUGUACCCAAAUCUGAGCCUGCAAAACCAACGAUUAGUUUUGGUAUGUCACCUGCUACAUCUGGUGGUAUUUUCGGAACUCCCCAGGCUGCAACUAGCAUUUUUGCGCCACCUACUACAUCAGGUGUCCAAACAACUACGCCAAUUAACAAGACGACACAAGAAACCACUACAUCAAAGCCUUCUAUGUUUGGCGGAUUCAACGUAGUAAAGCCGGUGGAUUUCACAGCUAAAAAACCAGAGGAAACUCAACCGAAGCCAACUCAAUUUGGCCAAUCGACCACUCUAUUCGGAGGUCAAGCCACGAUAACGCCGGUUAAACUGCAGCAACCCACCGCAACGGUACAAAAAACUGACAUUUCUACAACAUCAUCGGCGCCAGCCGCCCAAAAAUACUCCUCUAUUCUAUCGGCACUUCAAACUCCCACAACCGGACCGGCGCCAAGUGCUGCCCCCACAGCAAGUGUUACAAUUUUGACUCCGGGAGUUCCCCAAAAAACAACUGACGACGUUCCAAAGGUAGCUACGUCGGAAUCUAAACCGGAAAUCGAUCCCGUUUUGGACGCGGAAUCCAAAGCCGAGAUGGAGGCCCAAUUGUCAAGGGAGAUACGGGAGGAAUGCAUGCGUUUGGAGUCGGAGUUGCAGAUGGUUUUGGAGGCUGGACGAAAAGUCAACACGAAUUUGGGCACGGACGCUGAGAAAAAUGAUACGUUGCGCAAAAUUGAAUCCCUAACGGAUUUCUGUGCGGAGGUCAGCGACAAUGUGUCCAGUCAAAAUGCCGAUGCGCAUUACUUGAAACAAAACCUCAUCCAGUCUUGGGCUUGGUAUGAAGAAGCCUUGUCUAGGUUUAAUGUUUCCAAAGACAAAACGAUGAACGUGCUGCUGAGGGCUCAACCCCUGGAUUCGGCGUCUGAAAAGGUUUUGACUGAUAUAAAGAAGCAUAUUUGUUACCUAGAUUCGCAGCUUAGUCAAGCGAGUAAAGCUUUGGAUGAGCAGUGGGAUCAGUUCCAGGAUUUCGCCAAGAAUUGCCACAGGAAACAGAUGCCGACUAUGGAAGCCAUUUUCCAGGCGAUGGUGAGACAAAAUGCCAUCAUGCAGAAACAGAGUUACAUAAUGAAGGAUAUCUCGGCCAGAAUGAAGAUGAAAUAUCGUACUGCGACAACUCCUUCGUUACUAGUCGCCAUAGAAAAUCUGGAUAUUGAAAAUGAUUUAAAAAAUCUAUCACUAGAUCCAAAGAAACUCGACAUGCUUCACUACGAAAAAAUUAACGCCAGGACCAAACAAUUAAAAGGCAAAAAGUCUCAACAACUCAGACAAUUACUGAAACACAGGGAAGUGUCGCACGUAACCGUGUUGAAACCGGAACUAUCUAAUUCUCUGAUGCAGCAGUCCCCGCUGUCGAUAAGCAGUAGAAGACUGUCGUUGUUGGGGGCACAGAUGUCCCCAGUUGUUAACUCUCUACCCAAAAAAUUGAAUUUUGUGCAGUCUACUCCAUGCAGAGAUUUGUUCCAAGCAAAAGUACCUUCAAAUGCCCCAGCACCGGUUGCGACCAGUCAAGAUACGAGUUUCCUAUUUAACAAUCCAAACGUUGGUUUUCUGCCAGUUUCAAAGACUGGCCAAACUUCACAGCCCGGUUCAGCAUUCGUGCAAGCUUCAAACGCCACUUUCAUUAAACCAAAAACUACAAUUGCAACCGCGCCUCUCAUAACCAAACCUGUCACUGUGACAAAACCAGUCGCACAACCUAUCAUAAGUAUUACAACUUGGGGUGGAAAUGUGCCAUUAAAUACUAACGCGUCUUCGUUUGCUGCGGUGGCUUCUAAAACAUCAACCCAAACAACUUUCUCCCUGAGUGGAGGAGGCAUUUUCACGGCACCCAAACCGGCAGAACCAAAAACUCCGUCCUCAACUACGGACGUAAAAACCUCCCAAACAUCGGUAAUUUUUUCAAAUAAUGCUGGGCAAUCGAACUCGACCUCGUCAUUCUCGUUUGGUUCGUCGAAUAUCGGUAAGUCCGCCUUUACAGUUGUUCCCAGUUCGGAAGACAACGUGAAGAGUGGCAGUUCCACAUCACUGGCCAGUACUAGUUCAUUUGGAAGUAUUGUGUCCGCCUCAAGUACGAGUAAUACUGAGCUUUCUAAACCGGCAUUUGAAACUCCUAGUUUUGGAACUCAGUCAACAGCCAAGUUUUCUUUUGGUGGUGCUCCAGCGGUUAAGACUGAUACCCCUGCUGUGUCGUCUUCUGAGUCUGCAGCAAAAACAACUGUUGCUGUUAGUACAAGUACAGCAACUUCAAAGUUCUCAUUUACUGGAUUUGCGCCCGCAAGCACCACAACUUCAAAACCGGCUACGCCAACUACUGCUGUCACUUCUAAGCCUUUGUUUGGAGCACCUGCUGCUUCAACUACAACUUCCUUGUUUGGUGGUGCUGUUUCAACAACUAUACCAACUACCAUCAGUCUUGGGUCAUUGUUUGGAAGUGCACCGACAACAAGCACUCCUACAACUAAGCCAAUAUUUUCUGGAUUUACUACUGGUGGUUCCACUUCUAUAUUUGGAGCCUCUACACCAACCAAACCGACAACUACAGCUCAAUCGCCCGCAGUUUCCGAGAAAGGCCCUACAGUAACUACAACUUCAUCGUCUCUGUUUGGUUCUGAGCCACAGUUAUUUGGUGCCACAUCUAGUUUAUUAGGAAAAACUACAAGCAGCAGUACAACUACUGCAACAUCUGGUUUAACAAUUUCUCCAGCACCUUCUUCAUCUGCACCCAGUACUACAUCCUCCGUUUUCGGUACAACAGUUUCUGUUACAACUCCUGCGACCACUGUUACUAGUACCGGUCCGUCGAUUUUCGGCAGUUCUGCUUCAUCGACAGGGUUAUUUUCGGCUGCUGCCAGCACCACGUCUGUCGCCUCAACAGCCAAUAUUUUCGGCAGUACUACAGCGGCAUCUGCCGUUAGCAGUCCAGCUAGCUCAACAGCUACAACCACAACACCAUCAAUAUUUGGUACAGCGAGUUCAGCAACUACAACUACACCCUCUGCCUUCGGCAGCUCACCUGCAACAUCUUCAACUUCAAUUUUUGCAUCCACUCCAGCGUUUGGAGCCGCUACCACAUCUGCCCCUACUACUAGUGCCACUACGGCACCCGCCCAACCUGCAUUUGGUGGCGGUUCUUUGUUCGGUGCCAAAACCACGACUACCGCCUCGAUUUUUGGCAGUACUUCGGCUGCGCCAGCCACAACUUCCGUGUCACUGUUUGGCAGUACCUCAGCGGCCACCGCGAGCUCACCAUUCGGCACUCCGGUGUCCAGCACAAGUGGCGGUGUGUUCGGCGGAAGCGCUCCCACCUCCAACGUGUUUGGCAGUGCAGCUCCAGCAGCAUUUGGUAGUACUACCGCGGCCACAACAGCUGCACCGAUUUUCGGUUCAGCAGUCACCACAUCUGCUUCCAUAUUCGGUGCCCCAGCCACCACCGCCCCCUCAUUAUUUGGCAGUGCCGCCACCACAACCACACAGUCCGUCUUCGGCUCCGUUUCGACGACUUCCUCAUUCGGCAGCGCCGCGCCAGCGUCGCCCUUCGGACAGCAACAACCUUCGGCGUUUGGUACGCCUACAACCACGGCAUUUGGUACGCCUACAACUACGUCCGGUUUUGGUACUCCCGUUUUUGGAAGCGGUAGCGUUUUUGGUACGCCCACGACCACGGCAACCAGUUUUGGACAGAGCUCUACCUUCGGGGGUGGUAGUCAGAGCAUAUUCGGCGGUACUCCCACGACUACGACAAACGUUUUCGGCGGUACUCCCACGACCACCACGAACGUUUUCGGUGGAACACCGACAACGAGCAGCCAACCUUUCGGAUCAGGAUCGAUUUUCGGCACGCCCACCUCUAGUACCAACGUCUUUGGUGGUACCCAGAGUAACGCGUUCGGCGCACCAGCCACUCAAUCGUUCGCCACAAGUGGAAGCUUUGGAUUCGGGAGUUUGGAUGUUAGUGGAGGUCAACAGUCCGGCGGAAACGUUUUUGGUAGUUCAUUUGGUCAACAGCAAAACGCUAAUCCAUUUGGUAGGACCGCCGUCUCCAGCAGUAGCGGAAAUAUAUUUGGCAGUCCCGCUUCUACUGCCAGUUCUAUUUUCGGCGGCGCCAGUUCGUCCAACUCCAUUUUCGGGGGCUCCGGCACCCAAACUUUCGGAGCCUUCUCUGGUGGUGCAGGCACUUUCGGCAGCACCCAGGCGGCAUCCGGGGGCGGCCCGUUCAGCGGCAGUGGAGCUAGUGCGUUUGGAGGCGGUGGAAGUACGCAGCAGCAAUCAGCCGGACCAUUCAGCGGAGGCGCCUCGUCCGGUUUCGGAUCGCCGGCCGCGUUUCCAAAGCCGGCUCCCGCUUUCGGGGGCAGUCCGGCUUUCGGAGCGUCGCCCGCCUUCGGGAGUGCGCCCAGUUUCGGUGGCGCCCCUGCGUUCGGCAGUCCGUCCACCUUCGGCAGCCCGACCAAGGUGUUCGGAGGUGGAACCGCCGCAGGGCCGUCGACGUUUGGUUCUGCAGCCGCUCAAAGUCCCACUUUUGGCAAUUUAGCGAAUCAAAACACCGUCGGAUUUGGAAAUUUGGCCCAACAAACGCCAUCGAAUUCGGGCAACAGUUCAUUCUCUGGGGGUUCAUCCUUUUCCAACUGGCGAUAAUUAGUAAUAUAAUGGUGUCAAAUAAAUAUAAUAUUGUGUCAGUUGAUUUAUUUUUUUAUUGUUAAAUUUGUCCCCAAAUAUAAGACUAACAUUACAUUUUUUAUCUUCUUAUUUACAUUUAAAAUGGUACUAUUAACAAGUUAAAUAAAUGAAUAAAACUAGCUUUAUAAUGUU